CGGAAUGGAUGAAUGCUGACAUAAGCGACAUCGAAUUUCCUGAAGCUGAACUUCAUGUCGACUACUCCACCUCCGCCCGCCAAUGUCAGCCGCCAUACCCUGCACGCGGGCUGCAGCCCAGCGUGUCGCCUUCAGAGCCAUACGAUGUAAACGAUUCGCGAGUACUGAUGCAGUUGCUGUCGAUGCAACGCCCACGACACCCAUAUUGCCCGCCAAGCGUGAACAGCGAUUAUCAACACGGAAGCCAGACCUGAGUCAACAGUUGCACAGGGCCUUGUACCCAACGUUAUAUGGAGAAGAUGGCCAAUUCAAGGAUGGAGAGUUGGUGACCAUCAAGCGUCGGAAACAGAAAAAGCCUAUCGAUUCCAAGUGGCAGCCGGUAAUGAAGGAGAAGAGCGUGGACCGGAGAUUGAGCCAUCAAUUCGGCGUCCCCGUCCUCAGACCGACAGCCUCCAACAUCAAAAAGACUUGUCCAGAUCCCAUCUCCGCGGUAAACGCCUCGCAAAUAAGCUUGCUCGAUCCCACAGGCGCACGAACCCGCCUCUUCGCAAAGGACAACCCAGAAUGCGCGCGAGUCGGCGACAUUCUACUUGUACGCCAACGCACCGGCGAUCCCUUUGCUGGUGUAUGCAUCAACAUCCGACGCCGUGGUACCGACACCGCUAUCCUCCUACGUGGCCAACUCACUCGCGUGGGUGUAGAGAUGUGGUACAAGGUCUAUAGCCCAUUGGUAGAGGGUAUCGAGGUUGUGCAGCGUGCUGCUAAGAGGGCGAGACGCGCCAGGUUGACGUACAUGAGGACUGUCAAGCACGACAGGGGGAGUGUGGAGAAUGUCGUCAGGAUGUAUCUCAGGCAGAAGGCUGCGCUGGGUACGGCAGAAGGACAGAAAAAGAAGGGUGCUGGCGCUGCAGCCGCCAUGAUGGGUGGCAAGAAGAAGGGCAGAGGCAAGAAGAGGUAGAGUCACGAGCGUGUAUCACAACAAAGCAGCUCGGGUACCAGGGUACCAUGGCGAGCAUACUGUACAUAUAUGUACAAUACCACGAGCAAUAACUGACGACCCGUUGCUUGGUGUAUGAUGUGCGGAGAAACAAGUGAGUUACAUUAUGAAGAACUCGGAUAUCUCAA